AUGCACUCCACCGAUGAGAAAGCGAAUCCUAAAGAGGUGGAUAUCCUCCAAAUUGAGAAGGUGGAGCUUCAUGUUCCACACGUUCAAUGGUGGAAGCAGCCUGCGCUAAGGCGUCUUUACAUGGGAAUGCCCAUUCUCAUGCUUGCCGCGACAAUCAAUGGUUACGAUGGAAGUUUACUGAAUGGACUUCAGACAAUGACGGCCUGGCAGAGCUAUUUCGACAAUCCUAGUGGCUCAAGGCUGGGACUUUUCACUGCAAUCAUGAAUUUAGGAGGCUUUUGUGCGCUUUUUUUUGCGCCGUACAUUGCUGAUUUCUUCGGACGGAGAUUUGGAACCGCACUGGGCCUUGUUAUCAUGAUAAUAGGGGUUAUUAUACAAGUCGUACCCGACGUCAAUUCAAAUAUGUUCAUUGGCGGGCGAUUCCUCGUGGGCUUCGGCUCGAAUAUCUCCAUUGGCGCCGCACCGUUGUUAAUCAUGGAGCUUGCAUAUCCACAGCAUCGAGGAAAAUUGGCUACCUUGUACAAUACCAUGUGGUAUGUGGGCUCGAUCAUUGCUGCAUGGACUGUCUAUGGGACCAUAAAUUAUUCUGGCAACGUCGCCUGGAGAGUUCCUGUGGCUCUACAGGCUCUUAUGCCAUUUAUUCAGCUGGUUGGGGUUUUCUUUCUCCCAGAGAGUCCUCGCUGGCUGUGCUCCAAGGGUCGAGACGAAGAAGCCAUGGCAAUCUUAGUGAAGUACCAUGCUGAAGGUGACACUCAAAGUGACUUUGUUCGCGGCGAGUUUGCUGAGAUCCAAGAAACUCUCCGCUUGGAAAGGGAGUCUUCGAAACAAGGAUGGCUCAUCUUCCUCAAGACUUCUGGCAACCGACGACGCCUACUCCUCAUUGUCUUGACCUCAUUUUUCAGCCAGUGCUCUGGCAACGGCCUGGUAUCAUACUACUUGCACGACAUCCUCAGUUCCGUGGGCAUCACGAACCCGACGGACCAAUCUCUCUUUAACGGCGGUCUUCAGAUCUGGUCGUGGUUGGUGUCCAUUGCCUUUUCUGUUUCUCUGGUAGACAAACUCGGCAGAAAGACACUCUUCCUAAUUGCAGGAAUUGGUAUGCUUCUUGCUUUUAGUGCUUGGACCGGUUGCUCUGCAGUAUAUGCGGAAUCUGGCAACACUGGGGCCGGGUCCGCCGUACUCGCCAUGAUAUUUCUCUUUUACGGCGUUGCCGGAUUUGCCUGGCCCGGACUGACCGUCGCAUAUUCGUCUGAAAUUCUACCUUACAGCAUCCGUGCCAAGGGUCUCUCGCUUUGCCUUGGUGUCACUGCCCUCUCCGGGGUAUUGAAUCAAUAUGUCAAUCCAAUCGGACUCGCCCAUUUGGCAUGGAAGUUCUAUUUCGUAUACAUUGUUAUCCUCGUUAUCGAGGUGGUCUGCAUCUGGUUCCUUUUCGUGGAGACAAAGGGUCCUACCCUGGAGGAGAUUGCACCAUUGUUCGAUGGUGAUACUGCCCAAGUCGCUGGCAGUGACCAGAUCCUAGGCCCCAAGAAAGUGUGA